AUGCCUAUUAUGGGAAGUAUAUGCAAGACUGGACCAUCCCUAAGCAAGCCUCAUGGGUGGUUCAGAAGAUUAUCAAGGCAAGAACAUAUGUCUUUGGAAGCUGAUUUGAAUGUAGAGGAAGUACUGGGAUGGUCCUCUUUCUCUAUAAAGAAGAUGUAUGUACUAAAGAGAGACAACUUUCAAAAAGUCCAUUGGAAGAAGCUCACUUGCAACAAUGAUGGUUCUCCCAAAUGGAUUUUUGUGCUGAACCUGACUGCCCAGAACAGAUUGCUUACUAGGGAUAGAUUGGCUUCAUGGGGGAUCACUCAAGAUGUCAUAUGUCCUCUAUGCAAUGUGGAGAAUGAAUCUGCAAAUCACCUUUUCUUUGCUUGUACGUUUUCAGAAGGUAUUUGGGCCAAGAUAUUGGCUUGGCAAGGGAUUAGAAGGAAUGUGUUAGAAUGA